GCUUUCGACGCCAUUCCCUAAACUUGUUACGCUGGAUUUUAGCUCUCUUGCUGAACUUUAGAAUGAAGCCUACGUCUCCACCGCCAACUCCAGACGCAGUUUGAAUACCUUAAGUUUUUGGCCGUGGUCAGCGUGUUCCUCUUCUUGCCAGACAGAGUGCGUGCAGGAGAUCACAAGCACCUUAGAAAACGGACUUUCAGGACCAAAAGAUGUCAGCCCAGAUCAUAAGUGGGAAAGAGGUUUCUGCGUAAGUAUCAGCUUUUGUCCUGCUCUAUAAAAAUGGAAGCUGUAAAAAAAAAAGAUAAAACGUGUUUGUGAGACUUGCUAUAUCUACAGCUAACUAGCUCAAAAGAGAAAGUUGAUGAGUAGUCUAAUAUUAACAGCUGAGCAGAAUAAUAAACAACUUUCUCACUCAUAUUUACAUCCUAUAUUCUUAUGCAACUGUUAUAUAUUUAACUAUGUCAUUUGGUUUGUCUCACUUUGUUUGAAUUGGUUGUACACUAUGCUCUCCACGUGAACGUGGUGUGCCAGUCAGAGUUCCUAUUGUGUGGUAAUGUAAGAAAUCAGAGCAGACUGUUUGCUGUAUAACUAUCUCUUCUGAUUCUCAUGCAACAAUUGGUUAGUUUAAACUGAUUCAUACGGGAUGUGUCGGCUUUUGAAACUUAUUAUUCUCAAUGCAAAUUCAGCUCUGCAACGAUUGACUGUAAAUUCUGAAAUAUUAUGUAACAACCCAAGGUGUUGAUGUGAUCUUUGCCCCAUCGAUCCAGUGGCCUCAGGUGACAGAGAGGCAAAAGCCAAUCACUGGUAACCUGCAAAUAACUUAGUCAUUUUAAUUCCUUAUAUUUUAGAUUGCAGAGUAUGUAUGAAAGAAUGACUUUGGCAAAGAAACAAUACUUCCCCUUCACAUGCACAUGGAAAGUUUAGGACAAUUAGCUGCAUGUGCCUGUCACAAGACAUGACAAGCUGCACCCUGUUAGCUGGUCCUCACAGGACUCAUUAGUUAAAUUCGUUUAUGUGACACAAACGGGCCUUGCAGCCUCUUUGUAGAUCUGCGGGACCCUCAAUGGGAGGAUUUGCAUUCAUUAUCUCUGAACUCUAUAAAGGUCGACAUACCAUUGAUUGUCCUGGACAAGUGGCCAAUAUGGACAGAGGUCAAAUGAUAAGAUAGAAUCUGUUGUUUUUUAUCAUGUGUGGUUUUCUACAGCCUGAAAGCACUCUACUUUGCUAUAUUUAUUCAUAUUUUAGUGAUAGCACUCAGUUUUUGUUCAUUUUAGUGAAUUAAAAAACAUAAUGCAGGCUAUACUUAAAAUAUUGUAUCUGAAUAACAUAGUAUGAACAGUAAGUCAUGCUGUGUUAAUCAAUUUCUCCUUGUUAAUCAAAUUAAGAAUUGAUGCUGUAAUUGACCUUAAUAGUUUGAAUAGGUCUAAAGAAAUCAGUUUGUAUCUAGGUUAAGUGUUAAAAAACACCAUGUAUAUUUGAGAGACAUGCAAGAACACCAGGGUAAAACACCCCCCAGAAUCCUGUAUGGGUUGUUCAAAUUGGUAUCACUUCAUUGCAUCACGAGUUCACAGUCAGUUGUCGUAAUCACAUGUUGUGUUGAAUAAUCACUGUCAAUGAGCUUCACAUGAAGCCCAAAUAUGUGUCAUUCAUGUAUCUUUAAUACAUCUGAUACGUUGUGUGUUUGAAGCAGUAACCAAGCCGAGAUUCACAUUCUCCUCAUGACUUACCUUUUUGUGCAAUCCACAUUUACAACAAAGGAUUAGAAAAUGGUUACCAGUUUGACAAAGAGAGAGCCAAAUGGCAUGUGUUUGGUCAUAUAAUCUGUCGCUGUUGUAAAAGAUAAUCAUUUUGGCCUUGUCAUGGUACUAUCCUUUCCUGUUGUAAUCAUAAACCAGUCUGUGCUCUAACUUUGUUGUCCUAUGUUCCCAGUCAGGUGAGGGAGCGCCUGAAGAAGGAUGUGGAACAGAUGAAACUUCAGGACCCCAACUUCAGACCUGGUCUGGUGGUUUUACAGGUUAGUGUGAUAUUUUAAUGAUCAGGUUUUUCGGUACAAAGUGAUUUGAGUAUUUUUUUUUUAGCUAAUUUUGCCAUGUGCUUUCUCGUGGCUUCCUCUGGAGACAGUUCAGAGGUAAGGAUUUGUGUUAUUUUUGUGCCCCUGAAGGAGACAUGUUGUUAGGGUUCAUCCGUGUCAUUGGCAGUGUGUUGAUGGUGUUGUUGUUUGCAGGUUGGAGACCGUGAGGAUUCAAACCUGUACAUCAGCAUGAAGUUAAAGGCGGCAGCCGAGGUCGAUAAGUUAUCUUACAUUCAGAUGUUUUUGCACACCUCACUUUGACUGUUCAUCCUUGUUUAAACUUUUGUUCUGUUAAUGCUGCAGAUUGGAAUAAAUGCCACACAUUUAAGACUUCCUAAGGCUGCAACAGAGGAGGAGGUGAGGAGGCAUUUAGAGAUCGUAAGAAAACACUGUAAGUGAAACACUAAAAGUAUCUAAGUGUAAAGUUUGUCUUUCUUUCUGUCUGCAGGUUCUUCACAGUAUCACAGAGGUGAAUGAGAACUCGUCUGUUCAUGGCCUCAUCGUGCAGCUGCCUUUAGACUCAAUCCACAAGAUCGACACAGAGAAGGUCACCAACGCUGUGGCCCCUGAGAAGGAUGUUGACGGGUAGGAACUGAAUUAAAGACCAGGGUGUUCAUUCUGAGACCGCCUUACUCUUUUUUUUCUAAAAUUAGACUUUAUUUAUUCAUUUUAGUGCUGUAAAGAAAAAAUCUUCACUGUUGUACAUCUUUAAUUUGCAAUCUGAUCUAUUGACAGACUGACCAGCAUUAACGCAGGAAAGCUUUCUCGUGGGGACUUGGGUGACUGCUUCAUCCCCUGCACACCAAAUGGUUGCAUGGAGCUCAUAAAACAGACAGGUAAAUGCAACUAGAUGUACCCAGCUACAUUUAUCACUUAGAGAAACAUCUGGUCUCUGAAAGGUCUUCUUCUGUUGCAGGUGUUUCAGUGGCAGGAAAGAGAGCAGUAGUGCUUGGUCGCAGUAAAAUCGUGGGCGCACCCAUGCAUGACCUGCUGUUGUGGAACCAUGCCACUGUCACCACCUGCCACUCUAAAACAGCUGAUCUGGCUGGAGAGGUAUGACAGUGAUACCACUUUCGAACGCAGUGAUACAGUCUGAUAGUCUUAUACCUAUCAGCCAUUAGUUCCAACACCAGUGUGAAUAAAGUGUGGUGCAGGGAAUUUGUAGGUUUGCUCCUCAUUAAUGUCAAUGUCUUGCAGAAAAUAGGCAGCUGCCCAAAUUCAAAAAUGAAACUUAAGACAUUUUUAUUUGGACACUGAAUGAGCUGUCUGUGCAGGAGAUAAAAUGCAAGUUCAUCUUUUCUCUGUAAUCCCAUGAGUUCAUAAUAGUGGUCCUAUUUGCUGGUUGCCACACAUCCUAAAACCAAAGAUAGGUGAAGAAGAAGUAGCAGACUGCCAGCAUGCAAUCUGUAGCAGGUAUCAAAGAGGUUUUAAGCACUUGUUUAAAAUUAAUUCUGAAUCAAAAGACAGCCUUGGAGCUUGUUCUAUUUUGGUUCAUUUAUUCUUCCUAACUGUUCUCUAGUUGACUGUUUUCAAUCAGUUUCCUGACUUAGGAUCUAGAAGUGUAGUUUAAAAUAAAGUAGUAGUGUACUUUAAAAUAAAAGCACAGAAAUAAAGCAACCUAAAAGCAAGACAGAAAAAAUGUUAAAAUAAAAGCAUGACAAACAAUCUUUUUUUAAGGCAGUUACUUCGGUAGAGAAUUUUCAGUCACUGGGCUGGUGAUGUGGGUAGAUUAUAAAUUUGGAUAGUAUUAGAAAUGGAUACAUGUCAGGUAAUUGCAUAUAUUAAGUUUGUGAAGUAAUGUCUUGUUUGAUUUUUAAGUUUUCUAUAUACAAUGUGAUGGUAUUGUUAUCAUAGUAUUUUAUGGCAUGAUAUUUUAAUCAUUGUGAGAUGAAAAUCUGAUAUCGUGGAAACCUUGGGAACAGUGCAUGGAGUCCUUACCAGAAGUGUACGUGAACCUAAAGCCCAGAAACGGCGUGCCCAAAACAUAAUUCAGUUUUUAAAAAAAACUUGUGCACACACUCUCACGUAGUAUUAUCCUAGAGUGUCAGUGGACAACAUUCUUGUACGCAGCAACAUAUUAGUACCUGUUUAUACAAAAGGCCACAGGAGUUUGUAAUACACUGUAACAUGUGAAAAUGUUAUGGUUUGUUUUGUUUAAGGCUUGACCUAACCUAAAAAGUUUGUCAGGGCUGAAGUAAUCAGUUCACAGAUCUCUGUCGCCACCUUAUGGCAUAAAUAGAGAUCAUCAUGUCAUCAGCUGUUAACUGAUAAAUAAUGAAAGUUUGUCAAUCCUGGAGUCAAUGUUAGAAAUACUCACCUUUUUAGUCGACCAGUGUUCACAUCUGUCUUCUUGUCUAGGUGGGCAAAGCAGACAUCUUGGUCGUUGGAAUCGGGAGAGCAGAGAUGGUGAAGGGAGACUGGAUCAAAAAAGGAGCUGUGGUCAUCGACUGUGGCAUCAACCACAUCCCAGGUAUGUCUGACGGCACUGCACAUGCCAUUCAAACUAACUUAGAAGUCAUGGUAACACUCAAUAUGACCCCAACUCUUAUAAUGGACGACUAGCACAUUUAUAGUCUUAUGAAUACAUCUAUAUGCCUUUACAACAGUCCUUGUAAGUGAUUAUAAACAUUCAUAACAGCUAAUAGCAAUGUUAAAGGUGUGGUUUAUAAAGAAUUGUACCUUUACGCAAUUUUUUUUUUGUUUUAUAUGAUGCAUUGGUGUCAAAGUAUUAUUAAAGUCAUUAAGCAAAGGCCACACAGAUAUUCUCUGCCUGUCUUCCAGAUGAUACAAAACCAAGUGGGAAGCGGGUUGUGGGUGAUGUUGACUACGCCUCAGCCAAAGAGCAGGCGGGCUUCAUCACCCCUGUGCCUGGUGGGGUUGGACCCAUGACGGUGGCCAUGCUGAUGUCGGUAAGGCUCAUCUGAAGAGAGAAUUGAAGACUAAAUUGGAUGUUUGAAUUCACUGAAUUAUAAGACAGUUUCAGGUGUUUGUUGUACACUCUUUGUCACUGUUAUCAGUUUGACCCUGAAUGAAUGUUUGUGUGUAGAACACUGUGCUGAGUGCGAAGCGUUUCUUGGAGAGCCAUCAGCCAGGGAAGUGGGACAUUUCUUACACCAAACUCAACCUGCAGAAGCCUGUGCCAAGGUUUGUCUUCUUAAGUCUGUCAUGCACUCUGUUAACUUGUCAAAGAAAACGUAAAUACAAUAAUCCACAUGUGCAGAUUUUUCUAAUUUGCUGCCCCAUGAGGGGCUCUAUAACAAUGUGUUACUCAUUACUGCAUCUGCCUGUCCUUAAGUUUAAAAAGGAGAUAAUUUUUUUCCUUUUUAACUCCAACAGCGAUAUUGUGAUUUCUCGCUCCUGCGUGCCGAAACCCAUCGAUCAUCUUGCCAAAGAAAUUGGGCUCCUUUCUGAUGAGGUGGAGCUGUAUGGCAAGACAAAGGCCAAGGUCCAGCUCAAUAUCAUCAAACGGCUGCAGGCCCAGUCGGAUGGCAAAUAUGUGGUGGUUGCAGGGUGAGCUCUACUGUACUGUUUGCCUACUUCUUUUUUUUUCAACCCUUUUGAUCCUUUUUUUCAGUCCAAGCAUGACAAUCAUUUUCCAAAUAGGAUUACAGCACCAAAGUAUUAUUUGUUAUGUCUCGGAACAGAAGUAUUGUGUGAUAUUUUAAAAAAGUUUGGAAAUUGAUCAUAAGAGACAAAAAGAACAGCAACAAUUUUUCUAUCUGCAUUCUUAGACUUGAUUUUUCUCCUGGCUUGUCAGUUCCACUUAUUUCUGUAGUUAUUUGUUUGUUUAUUGAUUGAACUUUUUUAUGAUUCCUGUUGUCUGAUUCAUUAGUUUUUGUUGGGAUAUGCUUUCAUUUCAUUCUAUCCAGUAAGUUACCACAGCUAAGCAUGCUCGCUCUUCGUCUUGCUCUGCAGUUAGAUUAAAUUCCCAAAAAUGCCUUGAAUUCAUUCCCCCUCUUACCACAGAUUCCCCUUUUAUCACGUUUUAGGCGCUCAGUUUGUACUACUUAAUUCAGAACCCUGACAAAAGUUUCAUGUUCACAGCAUUACACCCACUCCGCUGGGCGAAGGAAAAAGCACAACUACCAUCGGUCUGGUUCAGGCCCUGGGAGCCCACAUGAAGCUCAAUGUGUUUGCAUGUGUUCGACAGCCUUCCCAGGGUCCCACUUUUGGCAUUAAAGGUGAGUUUUAGAAAAAUUAACAUAAACAGAGAAGUUAUAGAGGUUACCAGAUGCAGAAAGGCAUCUUUUUUCAAUUCCAAACUGGUAUUUUUAAGUGUAGUUUAAUUUUCUGUCUGCAGGUGGGGCUGCAGGAGGUGGAUAUUCUCAAGUCAUUCCAAUGGAGGAGGUAUUUCACUCAUUUUUGAAGUAAAUGUAACUCAUAAAAGCACAACUGGAAAAAAAAAGCAAUUAACUAAUAGGUUUGUCAAUUUUAGUUCAACCUCCAUCUUACUGGUGACAUUCACGCCAUCACAGCUGCAAACAACCUGGUGGCUGCAGCCAUCGAUGCUCGCAUGUUCCACGAGUCCACACAGUCUGACAAGGUGUGACCUCAAUUUCUUUUUAACUUAAACACUUAUUCAAUAGUUAAUUUGUCAUUGAGGAUAUUUACAAUUGUCUCUUUGUGCAUCUGUAGGCUUUGUAUAACCGUUUGGUGCCUCUCAGUGGAGGACAGAGGAAGUUCUCCCCGAUCCAGAUAAACCGACUGAAAGUAAGUAAUUGUGAUCAAUUUUGAUUUUUGACUCCAUUUAAAGUCCGGACAACAGAGUUCAUCUAAAAUGAUGUUUUUGUUUAGAAACUUGGAAUUGAAAAGACUGACCCCUCCGCGCUGACUGAAGAAGAGAUCACCCGCUUUGCCCGCCUAGAUAUUGAGCCAAGUUCUGUCACCUGGCAGAGAGGUACAAAGAGAGAGGAGGUCUCUUAAUCCUCUUACAUUAUCUGCCUCAUUAAAUCUGUUGUAUAAUUCCCAGUUAUUUUGAUUAAGAUUUUCACCUGAUGUAGAGUUUAUAUGCUGCAUUUAUGUCACUUUAAGUGCUGGAUACCAAUGACCGAUUCCUGAGGAAGAUUACAAUUGGACAGUCUGCAACUGAAAAGGGAUACACAAGAGAGGUAAAAGAAAGUGUAAUAGCCAUCAUUUUCUGCAACAGUGUAUUUUUACCAACACAAAAUAAGCCCCAAAACAAUUGCACAGGAUUUAUAUGUAAACUCUGGGUUCAUAUACUUUUUGUCUUUUCUGCAUGUGUAACAAUUAUCCCUCUCUGAGCGUGGUUUUUCAUCAGUGUUGUUGAUGCUGAGGGUCAUGCUUUCCCUCCGUUUUGCCUUUCAGGCCCAGUUUGACAUCACGGUAGCCAGUGAAAUCAUGGCAGUGCUCGCCCUCACCAGCAGCCUGGAGGACAUGAGACAGCGUUUGGCCAAAAUGGUUGUGGCCACCAGCCGUGGUGGAGAGCCAAUCACCACUGAGGACCUGGUCAGUCACCUAAAGAGUCUCAAAUGGCAGGUUCCACUGUAAAUACAUAUGAUUUGUUUUAAACAUGGGAUAUUUUUCUCUAUAGGGUGUGAGCGGUGCUCUUGCUGUGUUAAUGAAAGAUGCUAUCAAGCCAAACCUGAUGCAGACCUUGGAGGUGAGUGGAACCCACGUGCAAAGUAUUACUUCGCAAAACCAAAGCACCAUUUAGGAGCACUAAGAUCUUGAACUCCCAAAUUUAUUUUUUCAUUAAAUUUUUAAAGGUAUAAUUUAUUUAUUUGUGUUAUUUUCUGGCUUUUUGUUAAUAAUCCUAACCUGCAGUUUAGCCGGUAGGAUGACGCCACCUUGAGUUUUAUGUUCUGUGUUACGUGUAAAUUGUUUGUGCCCACAGGGGACCCCUGUGUUUGUCCAUGCCGGCCCAUUUGCCAACAUUGCCCAUGGCAACUCCUCCAUCCUGGCAGAUAAAAUAGCUCUGAAGAUGGUUGGACCUGAAGGCUUUGUAGGUCAGUGGAGUUUUACAGCAACAUAUUUUAAAACGAUGCUACAUUUCACAAAUACUUGAUCUUGUCAUACAUGGCCGUAGAAGAGAGUUUGUCGAUUGUUCCAAACAGUGACCGAGGCCGGCUUUGGGGCUGAUAUCGGGAUGGAGAAGUUCUUCAACAUCAAAUGUCGCUACUCCGGCCUGAGACCUCAUGUGGUGGUGCUGGUGGCCACUGUCAGAGCACUAAAGAUGCACGGAGGAGGACCAACCGUGAGUUUCCCUCGACAUCCCAACAACAACAACAAGAGCUUUGCUCCACACUUCAACAACUCUGCUGCAGAAAAUGUGUCUUGUUUAUUGUUGGAUUAUUUGAAUUUUACUAAAAAUGUUUUCUUUUUUCCAGGUCACUGCUGGGAUGCCGCUGCCCAAGGAAUAUGUUGAAGAGGUGAAUAAUUAUGGGUGCCUUUUUAAAACAAUUCUCCAAUCACCAUUUGUUUGUGAAAGUUCAAUACCUUUAUUAGGAUUUACACAGAUGAGAUCUUUUGCUGCUCCUCCCACUUACACUAAGUUAAUAUUAAAGGAUUUUUCUUGCGUGUAGAAUCUGGAGCUGCUGGAGAAGGGCUGCAGCAACAUGAGGAAGCAGAUCGAGAACGCACAGCACUUCGGCGUGCCAGUAGUGGUGGCUGUCAACAGUUUCAAGUAAGUGGAGUGAGAUGGCUGUAAAGGUUUACUCAGGAGAAAAGAUGGAUACACAGGAUUUUUCCUUUUUGUUUACUUGAUUUAAAGCUGUACUUACUGUUUUUAAGAAAAGCUCUGAAACCAAACUCAACACAAACUGCUAGUCUUGUUUGCAGCACAAUGAUACUCACCAUCACUUAUAACUUACAUGAACUUUUUUUUUUCAAGCCAAUUAAUCAGAUUAACUGAGUUGCUUUGAAACUGACAAACAGCCAAUAUUUCGAGGUUAGCCUAUUAAGUGCUAUUGACAUUUACUUGACAAUUUAUAGCUGUCAUUCUGUCAUACUGAGGAGUCUGCGUCUGUCUUUCUCCGACUCUUGUUUCUGACCGCCCUGCAGGACAGACACUGAGGCUGAGCUGGACUUGGUCUGCAAAAUGGCCAAAGCUGCUGGUGCCUUCGAUGCCGUGCGCUGCUCCCACUGGGCUGAAGGUGGGGCGGGUGCCGUGGCCCUGGGUCAAGCUGUCCAGAAAGCCUCUGAAGCCCCGAGCAACUUCAAGUUCCUCUAUGAUUUGGAGGUUAGGACCACCAGUUUUCUGUUUUUGUUUUGGGAUUUACUAGGAAUCUUGAAAUGAUUGAAGUUAAAAUUGAUGGUUGAAUUUGCUGUAAAUAGUUAUUUCACAAGACUAGCUCCUUCUGUAAUGUCUGUGAUUAUUCUCAUUGUCUUUUUCUUACCCCCUUUCAGCUCCCCAUCGUGGAAAAGAUUCGUAUAAUUGCUCAGAAGAUCUACGGAGCAGAUGAUAUUGAGCUUCUUCCAGAGGCCCAGCACAAGGUGGAGCUCUACACCAAACAGGUUGGCGUCUGUCCACUUCAGUGUGAUUCUUUUGUCGGUCUCGACAGGCCUGAUUGUUGACUGUUGCUGUGGCAGAGUCAUCUCAUUAAAACAAGCUUGAAUAGUCCUUUGUUAAACAUGCAAUAAAGUUUUUCUGUCCUCUCUUCUUCCUUAAGGGGUUCGGCAAUCUGCCAAUGUGCAUGGCAAAGACUCACCUGUCGCUUUCUCAUGAGGCUGACAAGAAGGGUGUGCCCACAGGUUUCAUCCUGCCGAUCAGAGACAUCCGAGCCAGCGUUGGCGCUGGCUUUUUGUUCCCACUGGUUGGCACGGUGUGUUUUCUUUUGUGUUAACUUAACGAGUCUUUUCUUUCAACGCUGUUGAAUGGUACAACUGUCUUCACUGUCCUUCCCAAACACAUUAAACUGCAUGACAGCGUUCAGAACUCCACCUUUUACAAGUAUCGAUCCUUUAUGAAGAGUAGUAUAUGCUAUAAAAAAACAGAGGCUAUCUGAGGGUUAUUAACUCAGCUGUCGUAAUCUUUCUUUCCAAAUAAAACAUUACUUUUCACAGUGUAAGGUGUGUUGUAAAAACACAUUCUUGAAAAACAGUGCCAAAUAAAACACAGGAAUAAAUCCACAAGGAAUGCACUCCAGUCAAAAAUAGGACCAUGAAUUGUACGUAGUUUAGCCGCUCUCUGCUUCUCUUCACAACUCACUUUUGUUUUGCGGCUUUUUGUGGAUAAGAGCACCUCCACUUAGUGCAGAGCCUUAUGUGCUGUCUUUUGCAAACAGAACUCUGUGUAUGUGAUGAGCAGUGAGAGGAGGAAGCAGCUCUUUUUCCAAGAGCCAGUGUUGAACGAUAGCAGUUUUCCCUCAUUGAUUCAUGAACAGCUCAUAAAUAAAAUGAAUACACUCACUGGCUCCAGACACUUGAAACUGUAUGCUGAAAUUCUUCUUGGUUAAGCCGCAGACAACUAUGGACUGUGUUUUUUGCAGGCAAUGAAAUUCUCAUUCUUUUGAUGACUCCAGGAUAGAUACGCUGUGAGGUUCCUAACCCCCCAUCUCUUUCUGCUCAUCCUAGAUGCCAACAAUCCCUGGUCUACCCACCAGGCCUUGCUUCUAUGACAUCGACCUCGACCCUGAGACUGAGCAGGUCAAUGGACUCUUCUGAAGCAGAGCUCUGCCGUGUUAACAUGGGAAGGUACCUGAGAUAAACACAAUAGUUGUCAUGUUUUUUAUACCAGUUUUUGAAAUGCCUGAGAUACAGACUAAGGUGUUGUUCUGGCUCCAGAUGAAGAAGAACGAGGUCUUAUUUUCUUACCACACUACAAUUUAUUCAAACAAUUUUCCUCUCAAAUUUUAUCCUUUAACAAACAUGAUGGCCAUAACUGUUAAGUACUGUGUGUUGGGAGUGAAAAGGAACUGGUAUCAGGUAACCUACGGCAUAAAAUAGAGAGCAGAGCCUAAGUUAAAUCGCUGAGAUUGUUUUGUCUUUUGUCUUUUCCCCCCCUUUAAUUUCAAGUAUGUAAGGUUUUAUUAUUUCCAUUCAAAGUACAGUUAUUUCAACUGUCAAAUGGCACUGAGUACACCUAUUAGAAAUCCCUUUUAAACACAGAAAAUCAAGAUGUGUUGAGAGCUUUGCUUCUCACACUGUACUGAUUGCACUGAUACUUGUACUGGCCAACACUCAGUUCAGGCACACACGGAUAAAGGAAGAAAAAAAAAAAAACAUUUCAAUUUGAAAGCACAACAAGAAGAAAAGAUUUUGAUUUGAUUUUGAUUUCUUCCCAAUGUUCAGACGCAGCCCAGCACCUUCCAAUGUACUGAAAUGAACCUUGAUGGACUUAUAACUGGAAAGAGUUCAUCUGCUUGCUCUGUGGGUAGUUUUUCAUACACUGGCAUCUGUAAAUAAAGAAUUCUCUGUACUCACAGUGCUCAUGUGGACAAAAUUUAAACAGUUACUUGAUCACAGAAGGAUUUAGACCAAUAAAUCUGUUAAAAAGACUUAAAGAAAAAUGUAAAGACUGUUGAAAUCUGACACACAUGCAACAUUUUUUUUUACUUCCCAUGUGUAUUUUUGUGUACACUUCAGCAUUAUGAACAUCAAGUGUUUCAUCAGCCAUCAGAUUCUGUCCUGAAGCUUCUGCUGUGUCACAGAUGAAAUUUUGAACACUACCUAACAUUGAUGGAGCGUCACCACUGCUGUGACACUGAACUGUCAUGAUGCUAUAAAUCAGGGAAUACCACUUUGUCUUUUCUGAAAUUAGAUUAAAGUUUAACAAUAAUACGAGAAUGGGAUUGCUUUUUUUGUGUGUAUUUUCUAAACUAUAAAAACAUUACCCUGCGGACCUGAGA